AUGAAGAAGAAGAAUAGGUUUGAAAUUCAGUUGAGGGAGCAAACUGUGGCUCAAUCUGUAGCUGAGUUAGAAGGAGUGGAACAUAAUGAUCAAGAAGAGGUUAGAGUUGAAACUAACCGUGAAGGAAAUGUAAAUGAAAUUGAAGAGGAAGGAACUAAUAAUGAUGAAGCUAAAGAAGAAUCUAAAGAAACCGCGAAUAAGAACAAAAUGCUUUGGGGAGAGGCUCCAGAUAAGUCUUCAAUCUUAUUUGGUUAUAAAGAUUCCUGGGCCGUAAAAGUAUGUCAGACAAGGGACCACGCAAGAUGCACAAAAUUGCUCAAGCGUCAAAGGGCUAAACAUUGGGCAUUAAGUAAAGAAUGUGCUUUGGUUCGAGAUCUAGUGGUUAGUACAGGAUUAGGGCCCGGAAUCCUCAAUUUCCAAACGGAGUACGAUAGUGUUGUGGUCUCUGCCUUUAGGGAACGAUAUUGGCUUGAAACUGAUACAUUUCAUCUUCCAUUUGGAGAGAUGACAAUAACACCGGACGAUGUGAAGAAAAUUAUUGACCUUGAAGUUGAAGGACAAUCAGUAUUUGAAGGUUUCAACAACAACAUGGCUUGGACUGACCUUUACGGCUCUUCUUGA